CCCGCGCCCACUUCCCGCUUCCAUGUUCAGAAGCACAAUUUUGGGUCAAAGGGAGCAACACAGCGACCCACCAUUUCAAAAGUAGUAGCACUCAAUUACUCUCUCCCUCUCUAGCGAUCCUGCAGCCGAGUUGAACAAAGCCUCCAUAUUCUUUUCUGCAUUCCUCACCAACCCUCACUCUUCGCUGCCGCUGUCACGGUUGCACCGCUGUCACUUCGUUUUCUCACGUCGCCGCGUGCUCUGUUGCUGCCGUGCCGCUGUUGCUCCCCACUGUCGCUCCUCUUGCUCGUGCCGCCGCCGCUCCUUCUCUCUGUUGCUGCCGUCGCUCCUCCUACUUUGGUCCUUUUCUGCUCUCUCUCAAUCAAGCUCACAAGGUUAGCUCAAGCGAGACCAUAGUUUUUGCAUCUCCUGAAGCAUUGAGUCCUUUACAAUUGAGCCUGAAGUAAGGAGAAUCAAAAGACUCAAAUCUCAUUCGUCACACAAAAUCUAGGACGAAGAUCAAGUAUAGAUCUUCUCUAAUCCUACUUCCUAGUUUCAAUAGGAUUUUUCUUGUAUACUUGCUGCUUUGGUACAAGGAACAAGAAAAUUGGAGUUCAAAAGUGAAUGUAGCCGUGCUAGUUGUUCCAAUAGUCAGUUCAGUGGUUGCUCUGGUGGUUGAAAUUGUUAUUGGGAUUUAUAUCUGGAAACACAGAUACAUUCAAAAGAAAAGAAGAGGUAAGUGACUUAUUAGUACCUUACUGUACUUACUUAGGAGACAAUUAUGUUUAAGAAUGUUUACUCACUCGAUCAUCAUUCUGGCUUCAAGGUUCAUAUGAUGCACGUUUUGCAUUUUCAUAGGCUUGUAUAGAUAUAUAAAUAUAUAAUAUAAUAUAAAGUCUCUUUGUAUACUUCGCUUGAAGUUGUACUUUAGUGGCAAAUUUGUUUGAUGGGUUAUUGUAGUUGAAAUUUCUAUUUUGCCUUAUUUAAGAGAGAUCGUUUUUACUUAUUAUUAGUUGUCCAUGCAUCAUGGUCCCCUUUUGAAAUAUUUGUCUUUGGGUACUGUGUACUCUUUAUGUGUUUAAUUAAUAUAAUGAUCAUAAUAUAAGCUAAUUCAUGUGUCAUAAUUAAUCCUUGUUAAGGAAUUAUGAAAGUCCCAUUUAAAUAUGGGUUAUAUGGCAUCCCCUGCUAAUUCUUGAUUAUUAACUACAAUAAUAAACAAGUAAAAAGUAUUUUAAGGCAAAAAGAAAUGAGUAUAGCAUAGGUAGAUACUAAGGGAAACUCAUGUAUUAUAGUUAUCUAUAAUUUGUGAAGUUUGGAUCCUUGGAAGGUCCUUUUCCAUCAAAGCUCCUUAGCAUUCCUCAAAUUCAGCAAGUGUAAGUUCCUAAGAUCCUUAUUUUGACUCUACCUUUAUUAUGUUAUAUAAAAAUUGAUGUUAUUUGCAUUGCAGGAAACUGAGGAACAAUGCAUUGAACAAUACAUUAGACUUAGGUGACAACAUUUGUCCAUUGCAACUUGUUGAUCUUCAAGACGACUAGAUUUCCUUAGUAAUCCUCCGUUCGCAAUACAAGAACACAUUGAUGUUAUUAUCUGGAAAUCCAGUGUGCAGUGUUCUCUCAAACACAAACUACUGCCAACUUCAGCAGCAGCCUAAGCACUUAAAGCACUUGCUUGGGGAAGAUCUUGGACCAUUGAGCAUAAAGGAGCUGCAGAAUCUUGAGAAACAGCUUGAAGGUGCUUUAGCACAGGCCAGGCAGAGGAAGGCAUAUAUGAUGGAUGGUGAUGAUGAGUUUAUUCAAGCAUCUAAAGGGAAGAAUGUUGAAAGUUUCACAUGUUCAGAAGUAGCACUACCACAGAACAAAAAUUCUAAGAAGAAAAAGAGCAAGAUAGAGAACAAGAGAAGGUUUAGUGAUGAGCAAAUUAGAUGCAUAUUUGAGUCAGAGUCCAAGCUUGAGCCAAAGAAGAAGAUUCAGCUAGCAAGAGAUCUUGGAUUGCAGCCAAGGCAAGUUACUAUAUGGUUUCAGAACAGAAGGGCAAGAUCACUUUUCCUUUUAAUGGUCCUUUAUAUAAAGCAUAUGUACUUGCCUCCUGAAUUUGACAGAUCACAAGUUUAGUUACGGAUAUGGUUGGUAGAGACGGAGAUUCAGAUUCACAUGAUGCCUACUCCGGGUGUGCCAAGAUCAUGCACUCAACAAGCCAAUGAACCUUCCAACACUACCUCACAUGGUGUGCAGAGUGAUCCAAGCUAUUUAAUUACUUUACUUUAAAUAUUUUGUAUUAUUAGUAGAUUGCAAUUUAAAUGAAUAUAAGUCUAAAUUUAGUUAUUUAUCUUAUCUUGAGUUUUUA